AGCCAAAGAGCUACUAGUUGAAAUAGUAAAGCAAAGGAAAUGGGAUUUGCAGAAUUUAUCGACGAUGGUGAAAGUGGGUUACGCUCUGGUGAUUUUCACCCUGUUGCUGAUGAUGUGGGCGUCAUUGGCUCGGAUGCACGAGCUCCCGGUGCAGUAUCCACCGUGUUUCUUCAAUCCUCUUUGCACCUGUUCGAAAGCCAUUCCCGAUCUGGGAAUAGUCACUUGUUAUAACGUGCCGAUGCCGCGGAUACCUCAGCCGAUAAACUCCUCCAAAGUGUUCAUGCUGCAGUUGGAGAACAACGGAUUGAUGUUUCUACAGCCACAUUUCCUCAUGAACACCGGUCUGUACAGCCUACGGAUCAAGCAUAAUCCCCUGGCCGACAUCCCGGACGAAGCUUUCCUAGGGCUUGAGAGAUCGUUAUGGGAGCUCGAAUUACCCUACAAUCGCCUGGAGAAAGUUCCCAGCAGGUCAUUCAGACAUUUGCAAAAACUACAGCUUCUCGACCUGACAGGUAACAAAAUAUCAAAGAUCUCGCCAGAUAAUUGGCGCGGCCUCGAGAAUUCGCUGCAAAAGCUGCGACUGGGACGGAACGCGAUCGACAAACUUCCGGCGGACGCGUUCGCUGGCCUCACUUACCUGGACAUGUUGGAUCUACGCGAAAAUAAUCUGAAGGAGAUCGAUCCUUCCGUGUUCAGGGACGGCAUGGCGCAUUUAAUAUACCUGUACCUGAAUGGAAAUCAACUAACUCACAUUCCGUACGCGCAACUGUCCUCUCUGAAGCGUAUGAAAGUGUUGGAUCUCAGUUACAACAGGAUAUCGAAGAUGUUGAACCAGCAACAGGAACCGGAGAUCAGGGGAUUGCAGAUGUCUCUGGACAUACUGCGAUUGGAUAAUAAUCAGAUCGAGACGUUGAUGUCUGGUGAUUUUCAACAUUUUUAUAAAGUUAACAGAACGUACCUCGACGGCAAUCCUCUAACCAUGAUCGAGGAGGGUACAUUCAGGGAUUCGAGGAUACGCGAGCUUUAUUUCAGCGAUUGCGAUCUAAUGGAUGUCAAUUCCCCUAAUUUCGCUGGCCUGGAGUCGUCCUUGGAAUUGCUGGAUCUCUCAGGGAAUAACAUUACUUCUCUACCAAGUCCCAUCUUCCAAGAGUACGAUUUCUUGCGGACAUUGAUCUUCCGCGAGAACAAGAUCCAAACGUUUUCGCCAGCCGAGGUGUUCAAUGGUUUCCAAUACUCUCUAUACAAUCUGGACUUAAGCGGCAAAGAAAACAGCGUGGUGUCGCUCCAGGAUUUACGGCAAAUGCGAAACAUGCGAUUCCUUUCGAUCUCGCGGAUGCCACAGUCCACGUUGUCGCCGGACGACUUCAUGGAAUACGGGAUGGACAUCAAGGAACUUCGUAUAGUCAAGAGCAAUUUGAACACCAUCAAGAGUCACGCUUUCAUGCACGUUCGCGGGAUCAAGUACCUGGAUUUCUCGGAGAAUGCCAUCUCCUCCAUAGAAGACGAAGCUUUCUCCGAGGUUGGACACUCGCUGUUAAUAUUGAGAAUGUCUCACGGCCUUUCUUCUUCCGUUUCUGAAAUCCCCAGCGGCCCGUUCAAGUUUCUGACGAACUUGCAACACCUCGACUUUAGCAACAAUAAGAUCAAGUCGCUACCAGACACGGCUUUUCACUUUUUGAAGAGGAUCAGACGAAUGGAGCUGCAGGACAAUGAGAUCGACAACAUCAGGAAAGGAACGUUCCAGGGUGACAUACAUUCGUACUUGGAGGAGGUGAAUUUCUCGUUCAAUAUGAUCACAACGAUUCAAACUCACACGUUCGUCGACCUGCCAAAAUUAACGAUGAUAAAUUUGGAAGACAACGCCAUAAAUAGAAUCGAGAGGCGGGCAUUCAUGAACAUGAAACAGUUGCAGUAUAUUAACCUGAGGGACCUGGAGUUCCUCGAUCUGGCGUACAACGACCUAACCGAGUUUGACUUCGCCUCGUUCGACCAAGUGGGGACGUUGUCCUCGUUCAAAGUUAACGCCAGUCACAAUGAGAUCCCGAAAUUGUGGAUAAACAGCACUACAUUUACACCGCCAACCACCAUUGGCGGGACAAUUCAAUCGAACAUCAAAGUCCUGGAUCUCAGUUACAACAACAUAUCCGACAUAAUGAAGUACUACUUUAAGCCAGUCGAAUAUUCCUUGACGCAUCUGUAUCUAGCUCACAAUCAGUUGAGCAACGUGACCCAAGGUGUCUUUGGAAAUAUGCCACACUUGCAAUGGCUAGAUCUGAGUCACAACGAGCUGAUGGAGAUCGACUUCGACUGCUUCAGAAACACGAAGAACAUCCAAGUGCUCUCCCUCUCUUGGAACAGUAUCAUGGACAUUCCAGCGGAAGCGCUCAGACCAUUGAGGAAAUUAAGGAUCGUCGAUCUGUCUCACAACAAAUUGAGAACACUGCCGGAUAACAUGUUCUCGGACGCGAAUAUCGAAAGUCUGGAUUUGUCUCACAAUCAGUUUAUGAGGCUACCUAUGAAAACAAUGUCCAUCUCGGCUGCUGCCAGUUUAUCUAUGCUGGACCUGUCUUGGAACACUUUGUCAGGAAUUCAUACUACCGACGCUAUAUUUAGACUACGAAGUCUAACAUGGCUGGAUCUAUCUUACAAUCGCCUAGUCAGACUCGACGAUGGAGUGUUCUCCGAACUACAAUAUCUAACUCAUCUGGAUUUGAGUCACAACAAGCAAUUGCUCUUGGAAUCACGCGGAAGAACGUUCCACGGUUUAGAAGACUCCCUCUUGUACCUCGAUCUGAGCAACAUCUCACUCUUAAGUGUGCCAGAAUUGCCGCUAAGGCGGUUACAAACGUUGUACUUGGCGCACAAUGAGUUGGCAUCGAUACCAGCGGAAAUGGCAUCGAACUUAACGUCUCUUCAUUACUUGGAUCUAAGCGCCAACGAUCUAACAGUGGUGCCAUUGAUCACGCACACUCUGCCCGAAUUGAAAACGUUCAAUCUAGCGGAUAAUCCGAUCACGGCCAGCGGAGCACUUUGCAAAGCUACGAAACUUCGCAAGUUAUAUAUAACCGCUUACAACGGCGUGAAGAAUUUCAACUUCCCCAACAUCCUCGAGUACAAUCACGGCUUAAGGCAUUUGGUUAUCGACGUACAAAACGACACGGACCUGGAGAAAGAGAUGAAAGGAAAGUUUCCCAACAAGUUAUUCAAUAUAACAUUGACUGGUCAAUCAUUGAAGAAUAUAAACCCAGAUAUUUUGCGAGGUAUAAGAAAUCCGCAUUUGCAUUUCGGGAUGUACAACACGAGCGUGAGCACAGUGCCCAAGAAGAUGUUUGAGAAUGCAGAAUGGGUGAGAAACGUGACCGUUCACCUUCAUCACAACGACCUGCGAACCCUUCACAACCCAUCAAACGGGUACAAGCCAGGCGUGCCAGGAAAACGAUUUCUGUUGAAACUGACGGUGAGGGGAAGCUACUUCACUUGCGACUGCGACAUCGGAUGGAUGGAGAAUUGGCAGAGGAAGCACAGACAGUACCAAGAAGAUCGUUGCACGACUUACAGCGAGUUCAAGAACUUCGAACGGGACGAGGAAGAUGACGAGUUCGAUUGUUGGGACAAUGGCUGGGACGACGAUCUUCGCGAGGCAUUCUGCUUAAACAAAAAUAACGUAUCAGUAUUGGAAGCGUUGAAGACCGAUCUCGAAUGUGGAUGGGGUGCUGCGAGUUACACUCAGCCACCUCGUCAUCUCAUCCUUUCCUUUUUCGUCAUAUUCGCGGCAAUCGUCUAUUAGGUCUUACCUUUCAUACAUACAAAUUCCAUUCCACGCGUUUAAAAUCGUUCACCAUUUCCUUUCCUCGCAAUGUACGACGAUUUAAAAGUGCGGACAUGUGACAUAUCAUUUACCAAAAUAUUUUCAACAGAGUCUCUGUCUCAUCCCAAAGAAGUACACACCACGUCGCGAAUGUGAUCACAUUCUGUUCGUCAUGUCUAUGUGAAUGAAUAGCAAUGGCGAGGACAAGUAUGCGCAUGUGUUAAUAACUUAUUUAACAGUGGUACUUUAUUUGUUUUUACGAGAUAUUCAGUAAGUAUUCGUAUCCACGUUAGAGGCCAAUUAUUUAAUUACUAGUAAGCAAUAGAUUAAUGUCGUAUCGUGUUUAAUUGUCGGUGAUAAUUAUUUAUCGAUGAUAUGUGCGUGUGAUAUAGUAGUUAAUGCGGACUUGAUCAUAUUCACGAUACUUGCUUCUGUCUAAUAUUCUUUCGAUGGAAUUAGAUUUCGUAUGAGAAGUUGUUGACAAAGAUGAUCUUUUAAGAAAAUAAUUCAGACUGAGAGUUUGCACUUUGAUCGAACGUCAGAGCAUCAGAAGGAAAGGAAGACAUCUUGCACAUCCCUUCGUUUCUUCGCCUAAAGCAGCACGCUUCGAAUCAAUCAAUGAGACUGUCAGAUCAAUCAAUUGUUCAGAUACUCGUACAAAGUGACCAAGUGCGGAUCGAAUGUGUUUCUUCUUUCGAUCUGUCGCGUUGAUAGGAAUUGAAGUUUUAUUCUCUGUUCGCAGCUCUCUUCUUGCGGUCGUUGUAUAAAAAAAGUCGCGCAGGGUCUUCUUCUCGUUAACUUCUUCGCGCUAACAAUAAGUCGAACUAAGAACUUGCAAACAAAUCGAGAACAAGCGUCUCACUUCUUUGCUUCAAAGGAGAAAUCGAAUUUUACAGGAUGAAGUUCUCUUUCUACAUUUGUGGAAAACAAGAUCUAAGAUCGAGAUUGAGAAGAAAUUCUGUCUUCCAAGAUGAAGAUGAGUUUACAUUCUACGAGGAGAGAAGAAUUUCAAUCUGUAUUUAAGAUCUUAAUUCGACAAUGGAAAUGUGCAUUUCAACAUUUUUCUGAAUUACAUUCAAAUUGUCAUACGUUCAAAACAUUUAGAGGAUACUAGGACGUACGAUUACAGAGACUUUGAUCAUUCAAUUUAACCUGUAGUUAAUUCGGUUAACAGAAAUUUUAUAUUAUCUGAAACUAUUCGCUUUCCAGUGUGUGCUGUCGACACAUUUUUUUUUUAAUAAAAUCGCACCGAAUGCUAUGAUAUACGUUUUGAUAAUUAUUUGUAAUAUUCUACCCUUAAGAAUAUCAUAUAGAAAAGAAAUAAAGAUCAUUGAAUUUAGGAGAUUUUCAUAACAGUGAAUUAGAAUCUUUCAGCCUGGGAAAUACACGAAAGAAUCGAUCUAAUUGUAGAAUAACGAGUUAAUUUGAAAUUAACAAGGCGAAAUGGAUAGGUAUAUUUAAAGGAGUUUUUUUUAAUUGUGCAUGUAUAAACAAUUCUCAAUAAUUAUAUGACAAAUUCACAUAAUAAUCACAUUAGUUCUAAAACCAUCCAAUUAAAUAUAAACGAUUAAUUAUAGAGCAUGAUCUUUGCUAUUAUAUCAAUUAUCAUGUGUACAAUUGGUAAGACAAUAAAACCGAAUAUAAAUAUUAGACAUAUAUAGACACUAAAUAAUUCUGUCGUGAAUACUAAACAUCGAGUGAUCGUUUGCCGGAAGUCCUUGCUGUUGCUUAUGCUAAUCACUUUGUCCAGAACGAAUCGCAAUAAGUGUAGGAAUACCUAAAAAUGUACCAUUCAUAAUAUACGUAAAUGUUAGGUACUUAGAUUUUUCAUAAAUAUUUAUACAUUAAAAUUUCAGACAAUAUAGCAAUAACAAUUUUGUAAUGUCUUUUCUUUGCUUUAACGAUUUGUUUUUUGUUUUUGUUUUUUUUUUU